AUGCCGUCGGCUUCGUUAUCGUUGCGAGUGUACUCAGAGUUAGUCCCCGAGGUCGAAGAGGAUCGUCGCGCCGCCGCUAAGGUAGACGUAGCUAACCUAGCUACGCUCGCCUCGUCCACCCUAGCUGAGGAUGUGUCCUCGGGUUCUAGUGAUGCGAGCUCCCCUAAGCCUAUCACUAAGGAGGCUACUCCUAUCCCGACUAAAUCUCUAAUUCGCCGUCUGUUAGGCUAUCUCUUCUUUGGCUAA